AUGGCGUUCAUCGAAAGCCUUGUCGACGUAGAAUUCGUAAAGGAUUUAGUAUGUAGUCAAGGCAAAACACAUGAGGAAGUUUCAAACAUUUUAAAGGAGAUGUUUCCUGAAACAACUCGCGGGCUAGGCGAGAAGAGUGUGUACCGCUUUUGUAAGGAACACGGAUUAAGAAGGACCAAAUCUGACGCAGAACUCGAUGUUACUGUGAGAAAUGCUGUGUCUAUGGUAAGCGUAUAUUUACUAGAAUGGUAGGGGGGUAGUGCGGCUAGAAUGGUGGGAGGGGGUAGUGCAGCUAGAAUGGUGGGGAGUGUAGAUAUUUAAAAUUGAAGAAUGUAUAUUAUACCCAACCUACAGGCGUAGGGACUCCCCGCAUUGAAGUAUAUACACACAUUAAAGUAAAGGACCAACUUUGCAUAACUCCUUUCAAUCUCCAAAAGCCUUGUCCGGGGGUGGGGUGAACGGAGAUUGUGUAGAAAAAGUUUGUUGGUAAAUUGAUUGGAAAUGGUCGGUAAAUUGAUUAAUGAAUAAAAUUGAGUUGGCUGGUAAACGUAGAGGAGCAGCCCACCAGUUGAAAGGGUCCUUGUCUACGACGUUCUCUUCAGAGAAGCGCAAAACCUUCUGAUUUCCAUGAAUAUUUUCACUGAUGUGUAUGUAUGCUAUUUCAGGUUGGUCCAGUAUAUGGAAGGAAAAUGCUGAAGGGAUUUUUGGACAGUAGAGCUAAAAUAGUAGUGGCAUCCGAAAAACGAAUUGGUUCUUCUCUUGCCAGAGUCAAACCAGAUAACCAUAGAAGGAGGCAACAGAACAUUGCCAGACAGAUAAAUCCUACUCCAUAUGUUGCUACGCAUUUUGGUCACAAAUUACAUAUAGACCAAAACGAGAAGCUUGUCAGAUAUGGUGCUACUCAUGUUGGCGCAAUUGAUGGUUUUUCUCGUUUUGUAACAGCUUUUACUACAAUGCCCAUUAAGAACAACUUGCUGAUAUAUGAUAAUAUUUACAGGUAAGUAUAUAUCAGUGUCGUGUAAGUGUAAUAUUACCCAUGGAAAAACAAAACCGAAUGAUUUUUUCUAUUUAAUUUUUUACACUUUUGUAGGAAGACUGUUCUUGACUUCGGAAUGUUUGAUCAAGUCAGGACUGAUCAUGGAAAGGAAUUUGUCUUGAUACAGUUUGUGCAAGAAACUUUAGCUCAUCUGAGAAGAAAUGUUGAUAUUGAUCCUCAUCGACAAACCGAAUCCAAGCAUGUAAGGAACAAUGUUUCAAAUUAAAUAUACAAUGUUUAGAGUGCUCAAUUCCACGUUCUUUGUCGAGCGAAUUAAUAUUAAAUUCUUAAUUUGAAGGGACACAGUCACCAAUCGGCCUUUCUCACGCCGCCAUUUUUGGAUGGCUUUUCAACCGAAGUCUUCGAUUUAAGUCCCACAUAACAGCGACUUUUUAUAAUUUUUUGGACGAAUGUUGGUCAAUUUGCUUUGUAAAUGGUUAAAUUAUGCUGAAAAAUUGCUUUCCACAUUCUUUUACAGUCGAUUUCACAAAACUUUUGCCAAAAUGUUCCAAACUUCGUUCCGAAGUUCACAAAAUUCGUUUCGAAGUUCACAAGUUCAACAUUCAAAUUCACAAGCCGGUUUGUAAACAAGACCUCUGAUUGGUCCAUGAAUUGAAAGAAGCCAAUCAAAUACUUAGUUUACAAACCAGUUUGUGAACUUAUGAACUUGCAAACUUCAAACUUUGGAACUUCGAAAUGAACUUGCAAACUUUGAAACAAAGUUCAGAACAUUUUGGCAAAAGUUAUGUGAAAUCGACUGUAAUUAUCUGCAUUAGUUUAAUAACGAGAAUUAGAUGCCACCCAAAAAAGGUAAAAAUGGCGGAUAUUCACGUGAGAGGCUAAUUGAGACUAAUUGAGCGAUGUUAUUUAGUCCGAUAUAAAAUUCCAGAACUUUUUCAAGUCAGUGAUUUGCUCAUAUCAUGCUAAAAUAACAUCGCUCAAACGGUGACUGUGUGUCUUUAAAUAGAGUGAUAACUCUGCACGAGUUUAAGGCUCAAUUACUCAUAUUUGUUUUACCUAUACCAGUCAGUUAAUUUUUAGAAUCUUCCUAUUGAACGUUUUUGGGUUGAAAUAAAUGGAAGAGCCAACUACCCUAUAAAACGUGUUUUGGUGGAUAUGGAAGCAUGUGAUGAAAUUGACAUGGACAACAAUGAGACAAAGUAUUGUGUUUCAUGGGUAACAAGGAAAUUAGUAUCCAUUGCAACACACAACACUGUGGAAUCAUGGAACAACCAUUGCAUACCAAGUAGGUUUUCAGAAACUAUACCCACAAUCCGUAGCUGACAAAUUACGAAAGUACUGAUACUCUUCAGUCUGUGUUACCAAAUGCAACAUACUGAACGAUUUUCCAGUCCCGUUACUUAAAGGGAACUGUCAUACCGUUCAGUCUGAACCACGGUCGGUCGGUCGGUCAGUCAGUCAGUGACCACCAUCAUUUGUCAAUUUUCAUAAAACAAUGUACAACUAUAAGUCAACUUUCAAACACAUCCUAGGCUCUUUGGAAAAAUUAAAAAGAUAAUUAAAAAUGUUUAUUUUCAUUUUUGACAGGACGAGGAAAACCCGUCAUUCUCAGGGACAGUAAUAAUUUAGCGCAAGUGAUCGACCCUAUCUACCUUCCUGCAUGUGAUGAAGCUGUGCAGGUCUAUGAAAAUCUAGGAGGAAGGCUAACCAUGGAACCGCAGUUUGGAGAAGACCCGUUAAAUGGUGAUGAAGAUUUACAGACCAGAAGAGAAUUACUUUGGUUAAAUAAUGUACCUGAUGUGAAUGUUAUAUGUGGCCACCUUGUCAAUGAUCUUGACCACUCUUUCAGACACGCAGUGAAUAGUUUUUGUGAUCUUACCAGGCAGCUUUCCGCUUGA